AUGCAUCCCGUUUGAUUCUAGGUCGGUGACCGCGUGAUUGGUUUCUGUGAUUACAAGGCGUGGUCCGAGGUGGUGGCCGUCCCCUCCCAGUACGUCUAUAAGAUGCCGGAGAACAUGAGUUACCAGGACGGCGCCGCUCUCCCAAUGAGUUAUCUGACCGCCUACAUACUGCUGUUUGACAUCGCCAAUCUCCGCCAAGGACAGUCCGUCUUCACCCAUUCCGUUGGAGGGGGUGUGGGAAUCGCCGUGACCCAGCUUUGUCAUAUGAUGGAGGAUGUCAAGCUGUUUGGGACCGCCUCCUACCAGAAGCAUGAAUCAGUAAAGGCCAAUGUGGACCAUUUGUUCGAUCACGUGGUGGACUACCCACAGGAAGUCAGAAAAUUGUCACCAGAAGGAGUGGAUAUAUUCCUUGAUUGUUUGUGUGGAGAAGAUGCCAAUAAAGGGAUAUCCUUGCUGAAGCCCAUGGGAAAAUAUAUCUUAUAUGGUUCAUCUAACAUUGUGACUGGGGAGACUAAAAGUUUUUUCAGCUUCGCAAAAUCUUGGUGGCAAGUUGAUAAAAUAAGCCCCAUCAAACUGUAUGACGAGAACAAAACCAUCGCUGGAUUCCAGCUCAGGCACCUGCUACAUAAGCAGGGGCAGCACCAGUACGUUAGAGAAAUCAUGAACAAGAUCAUCAAGCUCUACUCAGACGGCAAGAUCAGACCCGUCAUUGACUCAGCCUGGGCAUUUGAAGAUGUUGGGGAAGCCAUGCAGAAAAUGCAGGAUAGGAAAAACAUUGGAAAAAUUAUCCUAGAUCCCACCCUAGAACCCAAGCCCAAACCAGCCCCCUCUGCUAGGACUCACACCACCAGCCAGUGCAGUGAAGACAAGGAAAACACAGAGGACCAAUCCUAAACGAGCUUCCAGAUAGACAAGGUUGUAGAAAGUCACCGGAUUUCAAAUCUAGGCCAUCUACAUUUGACUGAAUCCAUUUUUGUAGGAAUCACCAAAACCAAUGACUUCUGAAAAAAAAAUUGUUUGAAGUUAACUGUUAAAAUACAUGUAGACUGACAUAUUUUACCCGAUAUUCGUUUUAGUUUUGAGGUACUAGUAUAUAUAGUUGUCUAAUGAUUGUAAUGAGCUGCUUACUAACUAUCGUGUGUUCAUUGUUGCAGGACUCUGUGAAGUAGAAAGGUUCAUCUGUUAACGUUAUAGAGAUUUCCCAAUUUUAUUGUUUGUGUAAGGACUAUUCAUAAAAUGGCUUAUAUAUCAGUGUACUUCCUGUUGUUAUUAUAUGAUGUUAUCAUUGUGUAGAUGAAGAGUCUUUAUUUUGCUGCCAAAUAAACUAUUUUCCCGCCA